AUGCUGGCCAGCUGGACCACGGAGGAUAGUUUGCCCGGCACCGCGACCCAGCUGGUGCUUCCGGACAAGUGUUGUUCAUCCAGUGGACAAAGCUUCGAAAGCACCCAGAGUGUGCUUUGUUAUGCCUCCAAAGAGCAAUGCAGUGGAGAGCAGAUGGCCUUCAACAUGGCCAAACGAGGUGCCGGCGCCAUGCUGUGGGCCUCGAAGCGUCAGCUCCUGGCGAAUGAGACAUCAAAUCCGGACUUGGCCGAGGCCUUCAACCUGCCGGCAGCGUCGAUCCCCGAGAGCUUUGUGAAAGACAUCCCGUCGUGGCUGGGCAACAAGGACGAAGUGAUCUUCAUCUCGUACACUGGUGGAAAGAAAGGCUUUGAUGACGCUGUGGAACACGCAAGGAGCGCCGGGGUCCCCGAGGAGCUCAUCAACGCAGCGAUCCAAAACGGCGCGCGCCGCCGCGCCAAGGAGCACGUGCAGACAGCGGCAAAGAACGAGAACCAGACAGAAAUCAAAGAAGCUCUGGAUGAGGCUCAAGAGGUCCAAGCCGAAGGCGACAUCAUCAAUGAGGCCAAGCGAAAGCUCGAGAUUUUGCAACUCGAGGAUCAGUUGGUUCAGAUCCAGGAGGAGUGCAAGGACUUCGACUCGGUCCACGAUGUCAUUCAGCGCGCGGAGGCCUUUGAGAUCCUCAACACAACCCUCAUGAACUCAGCGGAAGGCUGUCGCCUCCAAUUAGCCGUGGAUGCCUUGGAUGCCGCAGUGAAAUCGGGUACCCAGUGCAAGGAGCGCCUGGAAGUGGCAGUGGCAUGGUGCCGCUUGGCCCAUGCCCCGGAGGCGGUCAUUGAAAGCGCUGAAAUAGACUGCGAGGCCAAGGUCAAGGCCAAGACCCAUCACAGUGCGUUGCUCGUCGUUGUGGUCCUCAUCUUGGCCGCAGGCGCAGGUGUCUUCCUUUGGCUUUGCUCAAAGAGUCAGCAGGCAACAGCGCCCACGACCAGAAGCAAUCCUGGCGGAAUUGAGCUCCUGGAGACUGAUGCCAGUUGA